UCGGAGAAGACAUGAAAUGGAGGUCGUGCUUCUGUUGGAGUGGCUCUCGUCGUCUGUGGCGCACAUAGACAUCCGCGCUGCUCGCUAAGGUGGCGGAGACAACUUUGCAAGGGUGUGCUUGACCAAGCAGCAGCAGUAAUGGAAUAGGCUUGGAAAGCAUUUUCUGGCAGCCAGAGACGUUUGAGUACAGCUGACGGCUUCAUAGGGGUGGCUAUCAGAUAGACUCGACAAGCGACAGCACUCACUGUGGCGCCUUCAGCAUGACAAGAAUCAAAGAGAAUGUUCGUACUGCAUGCUGUGAUGGCAGCGGACGACGGUUAUAGGGGUGGUGGCUAUCGGAUAGGCUCGACAACCGACAGGAUUGGGCCCCCUUGCACAACACGUGGAGAAGCAGAAGCUUCUGAAAAGUUUAACCCGGUGUGUGCAGGUGCUGCUCACUGAAGAGUUUCUACCUUUGUUUGCCUUUGUCAAGACCAAAACAGAGAAUGUAUUAUGCAAUUCCAACGGCUGACGCAGCUCACACAACCCUGGGGAGGAAGGAGGUGGUGCAGAAUGGCAGAGUUGGUGCGCACUACUCACUUGGGAUGACGAGCUUUCUGACAUCAUCACAAGCAGGAACAGCAGAAUAUUGCUACUAUGCAGCAGAGAGGGCCAACCCCAUGGAACUCCAUUAAGGAAGCCCCUCUUUGUGCAGCAGUUUCUGCAGCCUCUUUUUCCAGUUUGUGCACUUUGUUAGGUUUGUGCACCCUCUUUGUGCAUCCACAUCCUCGUUCUGCAUCCAUCCUCUGUGUGCAUCCAUCUUCUGUGUGCAUCCAUCCUCUGUGUGCAUUCUCUUUGUGCGUCCCCAUCCUCUUUGUGCAGUUUGUGCACCCUCUCUUUUGCAUUCUCUUUGUGCAGUUUGUGCACCCUCUUUUUUGCAUUCUCUUUGUGCAUUCUCUUUGUGCAUCCUCUUUGUGCAUCCUCUUUGUGCAUCCUCUUUGUGCAUCCUCUUUGUGCAGUUUGUGCACCCUCUUUUUUGCAUUCUCUUUGUGCAUUCUCUUUGUGCAUUCUCUUUGUGCAUUCUCUUUGUGCAUUCUCUUUGUGCAUCCUCUUUGUGCAUUCUCUUUGUGCAUCCUCUUUGUGCAUUCUCUUUGUGCAGCCUCCUUAUGCAGUUUGUGCAUCCUGUCUUUGCUGCCUCGUUGUGCAGCCUCAUUGUGCAUCCUCUUUGUGCAGAAGUUCUUUCAGUUUGUGCAGCAGCACUGAGGGAGGAGGUUUAUGGUUCUCCUGAACAGUGGAAAGGAUCAAGACGUGCAAGGUGGUGCAGUAUUAGUAAUGUGGGCAGCUGUGUUCUGCUCUGCAGAAGCGGGGCCCAUAGCUUCCAUGGACCUCACUGUGGGGAGAAUCCAAUCCGGCAGGCAUGGCCUAAGAUUCAGGGAUGUUGCCAAUAACAGUGAUCAGAUGUGUUGUGCUGUGCAGACGUGUAAGACCAGGUUCAACCAAAGGCUGUCAGGAUGAUGAUGGAUGAUAUUUUCUGGACGAGCGCCUACUUGUCUGCGUGUUAUCGUGAUACCAAGUCAGUGAACGAGUGAUGAACACGUUUCCAAUACCAUGCCUUUGGCGGAGCCUCUGAUCUCCUGGUCAUGUGGCUGCUUCCGGCCUCAAGUUUGAGAUAAUUGCAGGUGGGGCAAGAGGCAUUCUGUCUGAAAUGGGAGUCAAUCUCAAUGUCUGUAGUGAUCUGCUAACCGCCGGUCGAAGACCGGUCGGCCGUGCUGAAGUCGUUGAAGGAAAGCCGUGAAAACAACCAUGCGAGGUCGCUCACGCAGAGCAUGCGAUCCUGGCGGCUGCAAGGUUUCAGAAGAUCAAGUCAAGGGGCAGAAGCAAGUUUGGCAGUCUGGUGGUGGGAAAGGCUGCAACAUCAGCAGCAUCGGAUUGCUUGGGCGCGUAUCGUGUCACUGGUGUGACUGGCGUCCGCCCAACAGCAGCAAUCGUCUGGCGCUACGGAUAAGGAAUGAAACCCGUCGCGAUUGCACCGAGUGCACUCGGUAGCUAGUGGUAGGUAAGUAAUCUCACACAUGUGCGUACGAGUUCCCACCCAUAGCUAAGUCGAGAACACGUAAAUUCAGCAUGCUGGGAGCUUGUUCCGUUUAUCGGAACCACCAAAGUUCUAUAUGAGGAUGGGUGCUUAGAACAUUUCAGCUUCAAUAAUAUGCGAUGACGGCUUCAGAAAUGCUCGCUUGCCCAACAGCCUUGUGAGAUAGAUGUGUUCGUAAUUUAGGAAUUCGAUAAUAUUUUGCGGAUUCGUGUAUACAGCAUUGAUGCAUGACCAGCUGCCUGGCUCAUGCUCAGGCUGUCAGUUAUAUUCUUCUGUCAUCGCACCGAGCUUCCGCGCUAUGGCAGGCCAUCAGUCUAGAAUCUGCAUAUCCAACUAUUCCGUCUGCGACUCUGCGAGAGGCGAAGGUCAUCUUUAAGAGUCAUGAGAAAUUGUUGUAUGGAUGUGUGCCAUUUGUACCAGUCAGCGGUUCAACAGCCCAGUUCUCAGAUAGACUCACAGAACUGAUUGCACAUUCAGUGGUCGGUGAAGGAGCAGGCUCGCCAGGCUUGCCUUAGUCGACACAGACUCGACAGUGAUGACUCACUCAAAGAGGAAGGAGCCUCACUCGAAGAGGAACAGGCUUCCGAUGGUGGCCCAUUCUCUCCAAGACUGCUAGAAAAUUGCUUGCUUGCUUAUACAACGUGUACGCCGUGUAGAUAUAAGGAUCGGUUUCAUCUUGCAUGAGUGUGUUUGAAGCAACUUUGGACCUCACUUGUUCAUUCAGAUGGGAGUCGUCUUGGCCUAUGAUAAAGUUAAUUGAACAUU